UGACCUAUGACACAACAAAAUGGUGUCCAUGCGCUAGUGACGUAUGUUCUCUGACAUUUCCAACUUCGCGAUUGAUUUAAGCGCUAUCUAAGGACACAUUCUACCCAUGUUCUCCUGUGAUAGAAUAUUUAGUUCACCUAGAAUCUUCUGACAACAAUUUGGACGACCACCUAGCCAUCUAGGCACCGUAUAGUUGACCUGAAAAAUCGUGGGCGACCGAAAAAUUUUUUUCAAGAUGGCGGACCCAGAAUUGUUGUUGGACCCAGCCAUACGAAUCUGGGUGUUCAUGCCCAUCGUCGUGAUCACAUUCCUUGUGGGCCUUAUCAGACACAACGUCAGUCUUCUGUUGCAGUCUGACAAGAAGGUGGAGCUACAGCAGGUUGCUGACAGCCAGGCUCUCAUCAGAAGCCGAUUACUGAGGGAGCAUGGGAAAUACGUCCCCCGUCAGUCUUUCCUGAUGAGAAAACAUUUCUUCAACGAGGAAGAGAGCGGCUACUUCAAGAAGCAGAAACGGAAACCAGUAAUGAAGAACCCCAUGACAGACCCGACAAUGAUGACGGACAUGCUGAAGGGAAACCUGACCAGCGUUCUUCCCAUGAUUGUCAUCGGUGGCUGGAUCAACUGGGCUUUCUCUGGGUUUCUCACAACAAAGGUGCCCUUCCCUCUGACCCUUCGGUUUAAGCCGAUGCUGCAGCGUGGCGUGGACCUGCCAUCGCUGGACGCCUCCUGGGUCAGCUCCGUGUCCUGGUACUUCCUGAACGUGUUUGGCCUGCGCAGCUUCUACACACUCAUCCUGGGGGAGAACAACGCUGCAGAUACAUCACGAGUCAUGCAGGAGCAGAUGUCUGGUGCUGCCAUGGCGAUGCCCCCUGACCCUAAUAAGGCGUUUAAGGCUGAGUGGGAAGCGCUGGAGGUGACGGACCAUCAGUGGGCGCUGGAGAAUGUCGAGGAGGAACUCAUCCGGGGAUCCAACCUGCCGCCCGAGGAGAUCUUCGUCAAGGAUAAAUUUGCAUAAAUUAUUAACAGCCUAGAGGCAUUUAACCUGGGUGCUAUCCUCAGCAGUUUGUCUGUAGUAGCUAGCAUCCACAGAGGAUGGCACCCAGGCUAAGAGGGCUUGACAUGGUCCCAUCUUAUCCUCUAACAAAAAUGAUUGUACGUGUAUCUUUCUUUUGUCCCGACAUUGUCUGCCAGAAAGACAGAUUCAUUUUGAAAAAGUCACCCAUAAGAGUUGAAGAAAACUUGAUAAGAAACACAGGAAUGUAACAUUAUAUUUGAAAGGUCAGAGCCAAAAAUGGAAGUUACAGAGAAGCAAGAGGGAUAGUAAAAAAUUGAAAUUUCUUUGUCUGUUACUUGUAUUUAAAGACUGUAAAGUGAAUGUGUUUCUGAAAAAAUGACAUGUGAAGACAUGGUAGCUGUAUUCAAUUAUUAUCAUAAUACACAUAUUAGGAACAGUGGAUAACAAGGAUAGGAACUACCGGUAAAUCUUACAUAUUGUGAAACUAGUAAUUUGACAUGUCCUUGAUGCAGUACAAACGUACAUGUGUAAGUUCCCUGUAAGGUUAAAGGAGUUGAUUGUUAUUGCCAUGUCAUCAUCACAUCUAUAUCACACACUUGACUACAAUACCAGUUGUAUAGCAAUAAAAUACAAAAACACUUUGGAAAAAAAAA